AUGGGUUUCGGUGACGGUGGUCGAGGUGGAGGUCGAGGUGGAGGUCGGGGUGGAGGCCGUGGAGGGUUCGGUGGUGAUCGUGGUGGACGUGGUGGAGGACGUGGUGGAUUUGGAGGAGACCGUGGUGGACGUGGUGGAGGAAGAGGUGGAUUCGGAGGUGAUCGUGGUGGAAGAGGUGGAGGUCGAGGUGGAGGAAUCAGCUCUCGUGGUCGAGGUGGUGGAGGCCGAGGUGCACCUCGUGGACGUGGUGGACCUGCAAGAGGUGGUCGAGGUGGUCUUGGAGCUAAACGAGGUGGAGCACCUAAAGUGAUCAUUGAGAAACACAGGCACGAUGGUGUCUUUAUUGCAAAAGGAAAGGAACACCUUUUAGUCACCCGGAACUUGGUUCCAGGAGAUUCAGUGUAUGGUGAAAAACGAAUCACGGUAGAAUCCACACCUACUUCACCUGAUACACCUGCCGAAAAGAUUGAAUAUCGAGUAUGGAAUCCUUUCCGAUCGAAAUUAGCAGCUGGUAUUCUAGGUGGUUUAGAUGAUAUUUAUAUUGCUCCUGGAAAGAAAGUUCUUUAUCUUGGUGCAGCAAGUGGAACGAGUGUUAGUCAUGUGGCUGAUGUAGUAGGACCUACUGGUACAGUUUAUGCUGUUGAAUUUUCUCAUCGAAGUGGAAGAGAUUUGAUUAACAUGGCUAAGAAACGAACAAAUGUUAUCCCUAUUGUUGAGGAUGCCCGACACCCAAACAAGUACAGGAUGCUCGUAGGAAUGGUAGAUGUCAUCUUCGCCGAUGUGGCACAACCAGAUCAAGCAAGAAUCAUCUGUUUAAACGCUCAUCAUUUCCUCAAACACGGUGGUAACAUUCUCAUUUCGAUCAAAGCCAAUUGUAUCGAUUCAACCGCUCCCGCUGAAGCUGUCUUUGCAAGUGAGAUUAAAAAGAUGCAGAAUGAGAUGAUCAAGCCUCAUGAACAACUUACACUUGAACCUUAUGAACGUGAUCACGCUAUGGUUGCUGGUACUUAUUUACGUCAUACUUGA